AAAAUGAAUUAUUUCUUUGGUUUUGGAACUUUUCACUACCAGGUCAGUGCAUUCAUUUCGGUGUAAUUGUUUCACACCUUGUAUUUAUGCGGCUUUCAGUGUUUUAGUUGGUUUUCAGCUGUUAAUGAAUUGGUAAUGUGUAGAAGUUUCGGAAAUCAUGCACAUGAAGACGUUUGGUUGGCAGAAGCAGUUGUUUUCAGUCCAUUUAUUGGUUGCCGUUAUUCUUGUUGGCUCAUUUAAUAACCUAAGAUGUAGAAAUCGUGAAAAAAGUGUCUUUCUCGUUCAUGUUUACAGCAUGCAACAAUCUGUGAGUGAAUCUGUUAGAGGGAACACUAUCAGAGUUGAUGUUAGCAAAGUUUUCGAAGAACAAAUUAAACCUGGAAAAUUUAGAACCUGGGUUGAAGUUGAAAAAGCUUUGAAGCUUUUUGAGAAUGUGAAUAUACCAUCCGUGUGUCUGCUAUCAUUUAAAAAAAUAUAUUGUGAGAGAAUCUAAGUCAAAUAAGGUUGAGCCGCAUGAAAAGUAUGAGUCUGUUGUGCUUGUGUGUAUUUUGGGGGAACUAAAAGAACCUGGAAUCCUUAAGGGUAAGUGUUACUUAUGCUU